GUGUUCAAGUUCGCGGUGUGGUGUUCGGUCGUUCUGAGUUUACUUGAUGUUUGUGGUUGUUUGGUACUCAUUGCUAUUACAGGCUAUGUUGGAAUCUGUUUGGUCGAUCGGCAUACAGCUACGUUCACGUACGUUAACCAUAAGUAACUUAAUAAGAACGUUGUAUUCCACUGGGAUAGAACAUGCGGAGAAGAUGAAAGAGAUUGGAAUGAAGAAGAAAGUGAAUCCGGAGGAAUACAAAUGUUCCGAUUAUUUUAACUUCCAAAAAUAUUCUUACUGUGAUAUAGAGGCAGAAGUGAUAUCAAAGCGAAUGCCUCAGCCAUCAAAUAAGAAGCCUGACGAAGAGAGAAAAGCAAAACCGUAGGAUCUGAUGUAGCUUUUUUUCCCUGAUGUAUAUUGGACUGUUUGCGUGUUUUUUUUUUUUUCCGCAGGAGUAAAUAGUGAU